CAUGUUUGCCUCCUUGUUGCUAUGUACCCCACAAAAUAAAUUCCGUCUCUCAACUGUCCAUGCGGAGGAGCCAAAGACAUGGGGAGGGUGGGGGGUGUGAGUGUGAUUUGUGUCUUCUAGCUAUUGCUAAUUGUACUGGUUUUCUUCGCUGUUCACCGGUGCUCAGAUUUUUAUUACCGCCUUUAAUUCCUCACAUGUCAGUUUCUGUGUCUCAGUGAAGACCACCUCUAAACAGCUCUUCAACUUCCAUGGCUCUUGAAUUGGAUUGCUUUGGAUCUCUUCAAGGAACCGCCUCCCCCUUCUUUUUUUCUUAAUUUGAACCUUCCCUUUUUGUUCUUGCUUCAAGCCAUGAAUCCACUGUAACUGUACGCACUAUCGCUUGAUUAAAUUUGUUCUGUGCUCUUCGGUUAUUUGCUGUUACUGUUUAAUUAAUCGCUUGAGAUUUGGUGCUGUACGAAAUGGGGAUUGGUCUGCUAUCGAUUCUGGAGCUGUUCGCUUUUUUUGCAGUUGCCUUGGCAGUUGAAGGAUCCGCAGGGUAUGACAUAUCCCCUUCUCCAGUAUCUUCUUCUGCAAUUUCUCCUACCAAAGAAGGAGCACAUGGUGGUAUCCCUUAUGCUAAUAGAAGCAACUCAUCUAGUCCGGCAUCUAUGCCAAAUGAGUCGGUUUUACACCAGCCACCUGUAUCAGCACCCUUCAUGUCCUCCCUGGUGCCCCCAGCGAUCAAAGGAAUUGUACCCUCCUUGCCACCAAGAACAUCUACAGUGUUGUCACCUCACAGUUCUCCUCUGCCUCCCUCAGCUCCUCUUCAUCGAAUAGUACCAUCCUUGCCACCAAGGACAUCUGCAGUGUUGCCACCUCAUAGUUCUCUCCCUCCUCCUGGUAUCCCUCGUCAUGGAAUAGUACCAUCCUUGCCGCCCAGUGCUCCUAAAGCAGCAGAGCCAAAAAAUAAGAAUCAUGUUUCUGUGCCAGUUACUCCAGUUGCAUCACCUGCAAGCAGAUCCUCACAAAACCUGCCAACAAUCCACCCAAUUAUGCCAGGAUCCCCGCCACCAAGCUCUUCUAAACAGAUAGCACCAGAGACUGAGGCUCCUUUGUUUAUGCCCAUUGCUCCAGCGCCACAGAAACUACUACAAAAACCACCACUAGCCAGGCAGCCAGCAAGGCCAGGAGUACCACCAUCCAUUUUUACUGUGCCUGCUGCACCACCUUCAACAAAACCUCUGCCAAUUUCACCAGCCAUCCACCCCACAAUUCCUGAUAAUCCAUCAUCUAAUUUACCAGCUCCUCCCCCGAGCAUGGAUUGGAAAAACAAUGGCAUCCCAGUUGCUGCACCUCCAAAUGAAACACCUGACCAAUUUCCAACACUGAAUCCUUCCCCCAAAAAAGCUCCUUCCUUGCACAAGCCCUUCAGGCACUCUAGCUAUACUGCUUCUCCUCUUUCCUCACCUAGGACUCCUCCAGAUAUGGGGUCUUAUUCUCCUGCGCCCUUACCUUCAACCUCAGUUUAUAAGCAUCAUCAUGCAAGGGGUAACACCAGCAGUCCUCCUACAUCAUCAAUUCUGCUUCCUCCUGCUUCAAGUCGUCAAGGCCAUGUUCUCUCUCCAUCUCCAUAUUCUCGCAAAAUGCACCUCAAGAGUAGGCAAAAGGACUAUGCUCCUCCACCCAUGAAUCCAGGUUCUUUCUCUUCUUCACCAGAGAGUAGCGUUUCACAUGCCCCCUUAUCAUCUCCAAUAGAUCCAUCUGGACAAACAAAAUUGCCCUCUCUUUCCCCUAGAAGUUCUCCUCCCAGGUCUUCAGCGAGAAAUCCGAAGAUGCCUCUCUCACCACCAAUUCUAGCACUACCGCCUCCGCCUCCUAAUGAAGACUGUACGUCACUGACAUGCGUGGAGCCAUUAACAAAUACCCCUCCUGGAUCACCCUGUGGCUGUGUCUUGCCCAUGCAAGUUGGACUACGCCUGAGUGUAGCACUGUACACCUUCUUUCCUUCAGUUUCGGAAUUUGCUGAGGAAAUUGCUGUUGGGGUAUUUAUGAAACAGAAUCAAGUUCGCAUAAUGGGAGCAAAUGCAGCUAGCCAAGAUCCACAGAAGACAAUUGUCCUCAUUGACUUGGUGCCUCUUGGGGAAAAAAUUGAUGACACUACAGCAUACUUGACAUUCCAGAGAUUUUGGUACAAACAAGUUGCAGUAAGAACUUCACUUUUUGGUGAUUAUGAAGUAUUAUAUGUGCACUACCCAGGUCUUCCCCCUUCUCCACCUUCAAGCAUUAAUGUCAUAGAUGGCGGGCCCUAUUCUGGCCAUGGGAAUAAUGGUAGGACCAUAUGGCCCCUCGGUGUUGAUGUGAGGGGGCAGGAACAUAAACAUGGACUUAGUGGCAGUGUCAUUGCCAUCAUAAUUCUGUCAGCAUCUAUGGCUGUGAUUUUGUGUUGUGUGGUUGCUUGGAUUUUUCUAUUCAAACGUAGGGAAGGCCAACAGGAACCAAAACCUCUGGCUACUCGGCCUUUUCUAUCAAAACCUUCAGGAAUUUCUGCUUCUAUGUUUGGAAGUGGGCCUAGUUCUGUUUCAUUGUCAUUUGGAUCUAAUAUUGCAACAUACACUGGAUCUGCUAAGACUUUCAGUUCAAGUGACAUACAGAGGGCCACUGAUAAUUUUAAUUCUUUGCGAAUACUUGGUGAGGGUGGUUUUGGUCGUGUUUAUAGUGGUAUUCUUGAAGAUGGGACCAGAGUAGCUGUGAAGGUUCUUAAAAGAGAUGAUCAACAAGGAGGUCGUGAAUUCUUGGCUGAAGUUGAAAUGCUUAGCCGCCUUCAUCAUAGAAACUUGGUCAAAUUGAUUGGUAUAUGUACAGAGGAGAGUACUCGCUGCCUAGUUUAUGAACUCAUUCCAAAUGGCAGCGUGGAAUCUCAUCUACAUGGUGUUGACAAGGAAACUGCUCCUCUUGACUGGGGUGCACGAAUGAAGAUAGCACUCGGAGCUGCCAGGGGUCUAGCGUAUUUGCAUGAAGAUUCAAGCCCUAGAGUCAUACACAGGGACUUCAAAUCCAGCAAUAUCUUGCUGGAACAUGAUUUUAUGCCAAAAGUUUCUGACUUUGGGUUAGCUCGAACUGCAAUGGAUGAGGAGAACAAACACAUCUCAACCCGUGUCAUGGGGACUUUUGGAUAUGUGGCUCCAGAGUAUGCAAUGACUGGUCAUCUUCUUGUGAAGAGUGAUGUUUACAGCUAUGGGGUAGUCCUUCUUGAGCUCCUAACAGGCAGGAAACCGGUGGACAUGUCUCAGCCACCAGGCCAGGAGAACUUAGUUGCAUGGGCCCGUCCACUACUCACAAGUAAAGAAGGAUUAGAAUCAAUUAUAGACCCGUCUAUUGGACCUGAUUUCCCUUUCGAUAGUAUAACCAAAGUAGCAGCUAUUGCUUCAAUGUGUGUGCAACCAGAGGUAUCACACCGGCCUUUUAUGGGUGAGGUUGUUCAGGCCUUGAAACUAGUGUGUGAUGAGAGUGAUGAGGCAAGAGAAAUAGGAUCCAGAAGUUGUAGCCAAGAGGAUCUAUCCAUUGAUAUGGAUGCUAUGAUCAGUUCUAAUUCAGGCCAGUUACCAGAUUCUUUACAAACCCAGUCCCCCGUUUCUGACUAUGAUCCUGGAUUCAAUGUUGAGAGGGGCGUUCCAUUGUCAGAACUAUUUGGUAAUUCGGCGAGAGUUGGGAGGCAGGACUCUGGGUCAUUUAGAAGGCACUCGAGUUCAGGUCCUUUACUGAUCGGAAGGGGCAAGCUGCUCUGGCAGAAAAUGAGGAGAUUGUCCCGGGGCACUGUUAGCGAGCACGGGGCAAUGUUCAGGUUAUGGCCUGAAUCCCACUGAAGCCGAAGCUCCUAUACACACCUCGGUUUACCUAGUAAUUUUCUGACCAUUUUGAACUCCAAGCUCGGGCAAGCAGGCAGAUGCUGAUCAGUUGCCAGAGCUUGGAAACAGGCAAAAAGCGCUAAAGUUUGUCGAUGGAUGGUCAACAAAUUCUUCUGCGGUGAAAUCUGAAUGAGGUGACAACCUCGAAAACUCGGCUGGGUGAUGAUCCAAUAGGAGUUCAGAGUGACAGGAAGCAAAUUUCUUGAUUUUAUAGUGAUGUUCAGUGUUCAGAAUGACCUCAAAGGUUUUUGAUCUUGCUGGUCCUCGAGGAAGAUGAGAGUUUGAUUCUGGUGCUGAAAUGUACAGUCAUUGAAUUUUGUAUCUUGAAACUGCAUUUUUCUUCUCGUGGCAGUAAAUAUUGGAGCAAUAAUGUUGAUCAUCAAUUGUAAAAUUCUCCAUUACUUGAGGAAGCGAUUGUUGGUGUAGACACUCCCAACUGUUAGCUAAGUGCAUUUUCUAGGAGAAAAAGGAAAACUGGAAAUUGAAAGAAACAUGUUUUCCAUUGAAUUAUUAAUUUCUGUUUAAUUUUCAGCUA